CUAGCCUAGAGAUCGACUGGACUCGGAGUGCAUUUCUGCUCUGCCCCGCCUCAAAAUUGCUGGGCCUCAAUGGCAGAAGAAAAUUCUGCCCCUCAUUUUGCCGUCCAUUGACUUCACCGCCCGCGAAAAAAAACCCCACUGACACUGCUGGGCCCUGGUCAACCCCUCCUCUCCGGCCCUUCCCAGAGGCUCUCAGCCCAUAGAAGCAGUUCUCUCUGCCCCGCCCAAUGUUAUCUCGUUGUUGAUUCUACAACCUACAUAUUCUUCCUCUUCCCGUUCAACUUUUCCAAUCCCUUCUUCUUCUCUUUCUAUUCUCUCCUCUUCCUAUCCAUCCUUUCAUCCCUUCCUCCCUCCACAUCCAUUCAUCAUGUCUGCUCCCGCCCACAAGUUCAAGGUCGCUGACCUUUCUCUGGCCGCCUUUGGCCGCAAGGAGAUUGAGCUCGCUGAGAAUGAGAUGCCCGGUCUCAUGCAGACCCGAGCCAAGUAUGCUGCCGACCAGCCUCUCGCCGGUGCCCGCAUCGCUGGCUGCCUUCACAUGACCAUCCAGACCGCCGUCCUCAUCGAGACCCUCACUGCUCUCGGUGCUGAGGUUACCUGGACCAGCUGCAACAUCUUCAGCACCCAGGACCACGCUGCUGCUGCCAUUGCCGCCGCCGGUGUCCCCGUCUUCGCCUGGAAGGGUGAGACCGAGGAGGAGUACAACUGGUGCCUCGAGCAGCAGCUCACUGCCUUCAAGGACAACAAGAAGCUCAACCUCAUCCUCGACGACGGUGGUGACCUGACCACCCUUGUCCACCAGAAGUACCCUGAGAUGCUCAAGGACUGCUUCGGUGUCUCUGAGGAGACCACCACUGGUGUCCACCACCUCUACCGCAUGCUCAAGGAUGGCAAGCUCCUUGUCCCCGCCAUCAACGUCAACGACUCCGUUACCAAGUCCAAGUUCGACAACCUUUACGGCUGCCGUGAGUCCCUUGUCGACGGUAUCAAGCGUGCUACCGAUGUCAUGAUUGCUGGCAAGGUCGCCGUCGUUGCCGGUUUCGGUGAUGUCGGUAAGGGUUGCGCCAUGGCCCUCCACGGCAUGGGUGCCCGUGUCCUCGUUACCGAGAUUGACCCCAUCAACGCUCUCCAGGCUGCUAUGGCCGGUUACCAAGUCACCACCAUGGAGAAGGCCGCCAAGGUCGGUCAAAUCUUCGUCACCACCACCGGUUGCCGUGAUAUCCUCACUGGCGAGCACUUCGAGGCUAUGCCCAACGACGCCAUCGUCUGCAACAUUGGUCACUUCGAUAUCGAGAUUGACGUUGCUUGGCUAAAGGCCAACGCCAGCUCUGUCCAGAACAUCAAGCCCCAGGUUGACCGUUUCCUCAUGCCCAACGGCCGUCACAUCAUCCUCCUUGCUGAGGGUCGUCUCGUCAACCUUGGCUGUGCUACUGGCCACUCUUCUUUCGUCAUGUCUUGCUCUUUCACCAACCAGGUCCUUGCCCAGAUCAUGCUGUACAAGGCCGCCGACAAGGCUUGGGGUGAGAAGUACGUCGAGUUCGCCAAGACCGACAAGCUCGACGUUGGUGUCUACGUCCUCCCCAAGAUCCUCGACGAGGAAGUCGCCCGUCUCCACCUCGACCACUGCCAGGCUGAGCUCAGCACCCUCAGCAAGGUCCAGGCUGAGUACCUCGGCCUCACCGUUGAGGGUCCCUUCAAGGCCGAUAUCUACCGCUACUAAGUGUGUGUAAUCAAUACCCAGGAUCCUUCAACUGGAUUCCUACGUGUAACGAACUUUUCCCUCUUCUGUCGACAUGACAAUCGGCAAAAUUCUAGUUUCAACAGCAUGAACUUGCGUGGCAUAUGGGUUGGGAGAGUUACAAGGACAUCUGCGGUUUUCUGAUUUUUUUUCUCUUCUCUUCUUUGUUUCUGCUUAUUUGGGUUACUUCUCUAAAUCAUCAAAGAGAAGACUCCUCGCAGGGUGCAGGGAGGGGCAAAAAGAUCUUGCUUUUUCAACAAAAUGGCGUUGGCUUUUUUGCUAAUCAUGAUUCCCCCCUUCGAGAUUAUAAAAAUGGAUGAUGAAUGGAAUGAUAUGGACGGAUAUGACCAAGACGAGACCUCCCCCAUAGGGAUGGAUGAGAUGGUAACUCGAUACAGGCAGGCCCGUCAACCGUGGCCAGGAUAGAGUAGAACUUCAAAAAGAGAUAUUCUGACUCUAACAUUAUUGCUUCUCAUGUGAUUUUUCAUUAUGACUUCUCUGAUUACCUAUUUAUUGUACAAAAAUUGGGUUACUUCCACGUAGCCUCGGAUGCGAAGUUGUCACGUAUUGUUUGUGCUCUGG